GCGCUCUCGGCAGUGCCGGGGGCGCCGCCUCCCCCAUGCCGCCCUCCGGGCUGCGGCUGCUGCCGCUGUUGCUGCCGCUGCUGUGGCUACUAGUACUAACCCCGGGCCGGCCGGCCGCCGGACUAUCCACCUGCAAGACCAUCGACAUGGAGCUGGUGAAGAAGAAGCGCAUCGAGGCCAUCCGCGGCCAGAUCCUGUCCAAGCUGCGGCUCGCCAGCCCCCCGAGCCAGGGGGAUGUGCCGCCCGGCCCGCUGCCCGAGGCCGUGCUGGCCCUUUACAACAGUACCCGCGACCGGGUGGCCGGAGAGAGCGCCGAGCCGGAGCCGGAGCCGGAGGCGGACUACUAUGCCAAGGAGGUCACCCGCGUGCUAACGGUGGAAAACAGCCACAAAAUCUAUGAGACAUUCAAGCAUAACACACACAGCAUAUACAUGUUUUUCAACACGUCGGAGCUCCAGGAAGCAGUGCCCAAACCCGAGUUGCUCUCCCGGGCAGAGCUGCGUAUGCAGAGGCACAAAUUGAAAAUGGAGCAGCACGUGGAGCUGUACCAGAUAUACAGCAACAGUUCCUGGCGCUACCUCAGCAACCAGCUGCUGGCCCCCAGCGACACGCCUGAGUGGCUGUCCUUUGAGGUCACUGGAGUCGUGCGGCAGUGGCUAAGCCGCAAAGGGGAAAUCCUGGGCUUUCGCCUCAGUGCCCACUGCUCCUGUGACAGCAAAGAUAACAAGCUCCGUGUGGAAAUCAACGGAAUCAGUAUUGGCCGUCGGGGUGACCUAGCCACCAUCCAUAGCAUAAAUCGGCCCUUCCUGCUCCUCAUGGCCACCCCGCUGGAGAGAGCCCAGAAAAUGCAGAGCUCCCGGCACCGCCGAGCCCUGGACACCAACUACUGCUUCAGCUCCACGGAGAAGAACUGCUGCGUGCGGCAGCUCUACAUCGACUUCCGCAAGGACCUGGGCUGGAAGUGGAUCCACGAGCCCAAGGGUUACCACGCCAACUUCUGCCUGGGGCCCUGCCCCUACAUUUGGAGCCUGGACACGCAAUACAGCAAGGUCCUGGCCCUGUACAACCAGCACAACCCCGGCGCAUCGGCGGCGCCGUGCUGCGUGCCGCAGGCCCUGGAGCCUCUGCCCAUUGUGUACUACGUGGGCCGCAAGGCCAAGGUGGAGCAGCUGUCCAACAUGAUCGUUCGCUCCUGCAAGUGCAGCUGAGGCCCCGCCCCGAGCCUGCAUGCCCCGCCCCACGGCAGGCCCGGCCCCGCCCCCCCGCCCGCCUUGCUGGGCUUAUAUUUAAGGACACCGGCCGCCAAGCCCACCUCGGGGCCCAUUAAAGGUGGAGAGAGGA